CGACCGGUUGGCUCAAAAAUUUAAAUGCAUUUUGUAUAAAAUUGUUGGGCACCCGUGCGGCGGGUUUAGUUCCUCACCGAAUGUAAACGCAACUAGUCACAACCAAAGUGAACGGUACUUACGAACACACACACACGCACGAGUGAUAGCUCGCGUUGGCGAAUUGAAAUUGAAACUAAGGCAACAACAAAGGCAGCAAUCAAAUAUUUUAUUAAUUUAUUAGUGAACGUAGCAGAAAUCGUACGCGCGGCUUUGAAAACAAAAAAAAACUCGAAAGCGUUUUAGAAUAAUUUUACGAGUAGACGCAGCGGCUAAGAGAUCGUUAACCAUUUGUUUGUUGACGGUUGACAGUGGUUGGUGGUAAUUGACUAGACUACGACCGCAGAACGGGAAAGAAAAUAACAAGGAAAACCAGAAAAUUACAAAAAAGCCGCGCCGCUGAAAGUGAAUUCAAAGCUGGUUGAACUAAAAGAAAAAAAAAAGAUAAACCAAACUGGUUGCGCAUAAAUUGAAAAUUCAUACGGUGCUGCGAGCCGAGCAUACACGCGAGCGAGUUUCAAGAAACAAAUCAAUACCGCGCUAAUCGCAGAAACGGAACGACGCGAAUAACGACAUUCCAUCGAAAGGGAAAACAUUCAAAAAAAAUAUAUAAGUAAAAUAAAAAUCGCAAAAUUCCAAAAACCUCUAAAAAAAAAAAACACGUGGAUAAAUAUGCUAACACUACACGCCCUAAGCGGAUAUAGGCUGCCCUGUGUGUUGGCGGUAUUGCUAAUUUUCAGCAUGCCAGCCGCCCAAACAGCGCCAGCGGGUGAACCCACAGCGGUUGCGGAAGGAUUAGCAGCUACGUUGGAGAUAAGCAAACUUAGUGCGGAGUCCGCGAACAGCAUAACCACUGACUUCUCCGCAGUAAACGUGGAGAACGCGCAGCCAUAUGCCACAACUGAGGUGGACACCGAAGCCGAGCUGGCGCCCACAUCACUGCCCAUGACGAGCGAGGAAAUAGCGCUGGCCGAAGUGGCAGCGGUUGUGGCGGAGUUGACAACAGCGGCAGCUGCCGAUAUUAAGGCGCAAGAGCAGGCGUCAGAUGAGGAGAGACAGUGGCAGGUGAGAAGGAGAGCUGAGGAAGCUAAGCGGCAAGCGAUCGAUCGAGAAAUCGCUAGCGCCGUUGAAAUGCUGGAAGACGAGAAGGAUAGCGGUGCAGUCUCAACACUUACGACUAGCUUUGCGGAUGUAAUUGGAACAACCACAACAGCACAGCCGACAACUGCCGCUCCAACAACUACCGUUGGUCCGGCAAUUUUGAAUGAAUUAGUGAGAGCGGCAGCCGCGGCGAAUGAGAUCUUGGCAGCUGCUUUAAAUGCAGCGACAAUGGCAGGCACAAAUAUCACCAUCGCAACAACAGCCGAUGUGGCUAGUGCAGAUACAACAACAACAACGAAACCAGACAGAGCAACAAACACCGAAUUGGCGAUUGGUGAUGGUCUGUUGGCGGUGAGUGACAGUGAAACGCUGCCGGAAGGCGAAGUCACCUGGCAGCCAAGCGAAAUUGAGACAACAAGCAUAGCAACAACAACAACAAAAGCAAUAAUGAAUAUCGAAACGGCAGAUGCUGCAACUACCAUACCAAUAACAACAAUAGCAUCGGAAACCACGCACAGCGAACCAACGCCCAUCGCAAAUAUUUCAAAUGAAAUUAACGGUGAUAAUUUGUUGGAUAAAUCGUUGGAAAGUGAAGGUUGGCGCGAGGCAGUGACCAAUAGCCCACAGCAAUUAGUAGUAACUGUAAGGCCAAAAGUGUCAGCGGAACCAACUACUACAACAUUGGUCACUGAAGGCACUACCGAAACGCUAGAAGCUCAGAGCAACACAGAGACUGUUUCCUCUUUGGAUUCAGCAGCUCUACUUGAACAUUUCAAUAAAAGCCCAGACAGCGAAGAUACCAAGUAUUCAAUGGAAUCAGUAGAUCACGAGGGUGCAGAGUCCAAGAAAGUAAUAACAACGAAAAAGGCUGAAGAAUCAACCGAAACAACGCCACCCACAGCCGAAAAUGAAGUCGAAGGAGAAACUAAAGACUUACCUAUGGCAGGCUUAGCUGCCACAAGUGCCCAUCAGGUCGCAGAAACAGCAACAGAUGCAGCGAUUAAUGUUGAAGCAACGCAGCAAGCAACAAGUGAUAAAAACGAACGAAAACAUAGCUCAACAAGCGAACCUACUCCGGUUGAGAACUCCAUAAAAGCUGCAGAAUUUGAAAUUGCAAAAGUUGAGGAAGUGAAGCGAGCAAAUUUGCCAGAAGAAAGUAACCAGCCGAACGCAGUGGAAAGUGAAGCCCGCGCACCAAAUAAAUAUCUUAACGCUAUACGCGAAGAAGUAGGAGAUGAAACUGUAGCAACAACAAAUGCAAUACCAGAAGCGAUAACAACUGCCGAAUACAAUGCAGCUGAGGUGGCAGCAGAUACUGCAACAACAACUCCCGAAUCAACACUAGCAGAAGAAAAGUUUGCAGCUGAGCCAACAACGAGUCCAGCAGUUGCUGUGACAACUAUAACGCCAGAAGAAGACACCAUUACAAAAGCCCCCAUAGAGCAAAAUGUGGCUAAUGAAAGCCAAAAGGAAACCGAAAAUGAUCCUAAAGCAAUAAUAACUACGAGUACAAUAACAAAUACAGACGAUGAAACAACGAUCGCGAUUUCGAACGGUGAUUCCUUGGUAACAACAACUACAAGCAAAACAACAACAGAAGCGGCAGUAGCUGAAAAAGAGCUUACAAAGGACCAAAGAAUAGAUGUUCAGGAAGGGUUAGCAAAAACAACAGAAAGUACAAGUGAUCCUGGGACAAUAGUUUCGGUAACAGAACCUACAGUAACACAUCUAGAGGAACGAGUUCACGGAGCUAUUGUGUCCGCUAUCGAAUCUGUCCGCAGCUCAACAGAUGUGCCGCUGGCGGCGUUUACAACAAUGCCACACUCGAUAGAGGAGCUCUUGCACGCCGAGACAACCACCGAAAAAGGUGAUUUGGGAACAAUUUCGUCUGGUGGCAGCACAGAAAAGGCACGGGAAUCAACGACCUUGAGUAGUAAUACAGCAGAAAAUGCACCUUCUAAGACCAGUGAUUUACCAGAAACGUCUGCGGUUGAAAGUGAGAGUAUACUUUCAGAAACAACGGCGGCAACAAAAGUUGCCGAGCUGCCGGAAAGCACAGCGGCAACAGCUGAGGAAAUUGCGGCAGUCGCAGCAGCAGGCUUACCAACAACAACUACAACAAAAGUAGAAACAGAAACGGAAACGGAAACGCUUGCAGCAACUGAGCAGCUAGAAGCUGAGCUAGGAACGACAACAGAAGCAGCACUAGCAGAGCAGCCACUCUACCGGCGCACUUUGGACGCGCAGCGACAUGAAGGGAGCGAGUAUGCCAGCGCAACGGAACUAACAAAUGUCGUGUCGGUAGCAGGUGCUGAAACAACUGAAGCAACAACAACAACAACAGCAACAGUAGGCGCAAUGGAAGUAGGAACCAUUAUCGCUCCAAUUACAACAACAACAACAGCAGGCGCAGAUGCCGCGAGAUCAACUUUUUCUGUUGCAACAACAAAUGCUUCUGAAUCUGAUACUACAUCAACAACAAAAAUAUCUGAGCCUGAAACUACAACAACCACAACGACAACAACGCCUGCGCCAGAAACAACAACAACAACGGCUGAACCACAAACUACAACAACCACAACGACAACGACAACAACGCCUGCGCCAGAAGCUACAACAACCACAACAACAACAACGCCUGCGCCAGAAACUACAACAACAACGGCUGAACCACAAACUACAACAACCACAACGACAACGACAACAGCGCCUGCGCCAGAAACUACAACAACAACAACGCCUGCGCCAGAAACAACAACAACCACAACGACAACAACGCCUGCGCCAGAAACUACAACAACCACAACGACAACAACGCCUGCUCCAGAAAUUACAACGACAACAACACCUGCGCCAGAAACUACAACAACAACCACCACCACCUUGUCGCCAAUGAGUCUAAUCAUUGCCGAGCAUGAAGCGCGAUCCCUCGAGCGAACCCCACCGCGCGUCAGUCGCAUUGUCAGCGACGAUGGCGUCGAAGUGCUAUCCGGUUACUCGAUUGUGCAUCACAUGCAUGCGGCAGCCAUGGCGGCGUUAGCUGCGGCAGCAGCGUAGGUACGCCAAACAUGGAAAGACUGAUCCAGGCUGGAUUUAGGUUGUCGGCAGUUUAAUUUGUUUUUUUUUUUUUACCCAUCAAGCUGUUAGUAAUCAGCCGAAGCAGGACAAUUCGAAAAUAGCCAAUAUUCACAAAAGUUCACAUGCAUCACUACAGUGUGAUUCAUUGCCAUAGUAACAACAACAACAACAACAGUCAAAGCGGAUUUCGCUAAAACCUGUGGUGCUACAUUCAUAUUUUUUAUGCUAAGUAAACGAAAUUCAAAAAAAAUUUUAUUUAAGAUGUUUUUCAUGCAAAAUGUGA